AUGCCAGCAGGCCAGCCCGGCAGUACGAUGGACAACGGCGACACAGCGCACGAAUGGUCAUCGUUGCCGGUGGUUAUCCUGGCCAAGGUGUUCGGCUACCUUUCGCUGGCCGACGUCGGUCCGGCGAGCCAGGUAUGCAAGCAUUGGUUUCGGAUGCUGGGCCGUGCCUCGACUUGGCACAGGAUCGAGUUCGACCUGUUCGGCGGCAUGGCCCAGGAACGAUGGCAGUUACGCGUGGUGCAGGACAUCGUAGACCGUGGCAUCCGUUCGUUGACCAUCGUGUUCGUCGGUGAAAACCCGCUAUUCUACGCCGGUCUGGAGUUCUGCGACGCGCUCUACUACUUCCUCGCCGUCGACCACUCGCUGAGGUGCACCCUCGAGUCGCUAAACGUCAGUCGGAUGCCGGUCAUGUUCCAGGACUCGACGUUCCAACCGCUGGCCACCGUUCACUGGCGAACACUGCUGUUCUUGGACUUGCAAAACACGCAGUUCAUCUGUCAGGUCACUCCUGCCUGUUUGUACACUGUGGUCGAAGCCUGCGUCGAACUACAGGACCUUCGUGUCUCUCACUUCAGCAUGUCCGACGACGUGUUGAUGCUAUUCAACGACCCGCGACGCCGGCGACCGUUGAUGCACCUGUCCCUGUUCUGCAGACGGCAAGAAAAGUAUAGCGAUCACGACCUGUCCGAACAGGCGUGGUCUGCGGUAGCGGCGCAUAACAAGGACCUGGCCGUUACCCUCAAAUUUGACUUCACUUGCACCCUCAGGAAAACUAGAGAUAUCUUAAAGCCUAACAUCCCGAUCUGGAACUUGUUUCUGGAAAACCACGUCACAGCGUACGAAAUUUAUUACACGGCGCAGUUCUACGCGAAAACGUUGCGAAAACUGGUCGUACAGUGCAGGUACAACGAAGAUGUUCAGGACAGCCUGCUGGCUGUGGCCGAAGCGUGCCGGCAGUUGCAAUCUCUGCACGUCAUGUGUGUUCUGGAUCAGGGAGCUAUAGAUAGAAUUUUUGAGCUUCUUCCUCAGGUACGCUCCUCAGGUAAUUACACUCUGAAGAGUGACCUAGAGCCUGCUCCCUGGAACACGGACGAAAUCCUUGACUGUCUCAUUUUGCCAAGCAAACGAUAA